CGGAAGUAUAUAAAUGUAGAAGAAUAAUUCGUAGAAAAUUUCUUAUCCAAAUCUGCGAAAAUCUUGCAAUUUAAUUGUCUAUUAUGUUAUCGGUGUUAUUAUAUAAAUUGCCCAUAUUCAAUCGGCGUUGAUUAAACAAACAUUUUCUCAAGUAGGUUACAGUUGUGGCAAUAUUGUCGAAAUGGCUGACACAAACCCCACUAUGAGUGUGAAAUUUGCUGUGGUCUGCUCUAGCAAUCAAAACAGAAGUAUGGAGGCACAUAACUUUCUCAGCAAACGAGGAUAUCGUGUCAAGUCAUUCGGUACAGGAAGUCAGGUCAAAUUGCCAGGUCCUGCACCAGAUCGUCCUAAUAUUUACGAUUUCAACACCACCUACGAUGAGAUGUACAGAGACUUAGUGGAUAAAAACCCUGAACUAUAUACACAAAAUGGAAUCCUACACAUGUUGGACAGAAAUCGACGGAUCAAACCCAAACCAGAAAGGUUCCAGUCCUGCAUGGAAAAAUUCAAUGUCAUUGUUACAUGUGAAGAGCGUGUGUAUGACCAAGUGAUCGAUGAUUUGGAAAACCGUAUAAAGGAUCAGAGUGAACCUGUACACAUCAUCAACCUAGAUAUUCAAGACAACCAUGAGGAGGCAACUGUUGGGGCUGUCAUGAUUUGUGACUUGGCAGGCAUGCUGGUGGAAUCAGAUGACCUUGAUAAUGAUGUGGAUGAAAUUGUUCAAGAUUUUGAAGCUAGAGCACAGCGACCUAUUCUCCAUACAGUCCAAUUCUAUUGAGUACUGUGGAAUUUUUAUUCAUCUGCGAUAUGGAACUGAUUACGUCUUAAAUUUUGGAGAUUUUGCAAUUUGUGUUUGACAUUACUGGUGUGUGCACACAGUGGACAGUUGGUAAUUGCAUUUGUACACAUGCCUUUGUGAGCAUUUGAUUAUGCAUUUUCUCACAUGCUGUUGACGAAAAGUUGUCAGUUGUCUUUCAUUUGGUGACUAUUGAUUUUGUGUGUCAUUAAUGUUCACAAUUAAUUGUAUUUGCAGACUUUGUAAUAAGUAAGUUGUAUACAUAUAAUAAUAUCAUUUCUGUUUGUCAUUUAUGUUAUGCACUUGAUAAACAAUCACACGAUUGACUUUUAUAAGGUCAUCUGACCUGAGGGGUCAAGAUGACCUAAGGCCAUAAUGUUUCGUCUGUCGUCAUGCAUCAAGUGCUUUCCGCGGUCCAUCAUGUGUAAACUUUUAAUUCAGAUAACUUCUUCUAAGUUACCGGAAGGCUCAGGUACUGGUAUUUGGCCUGUAACAUGAUGGGAUGUAAGGCUAUCAAGAUUGUUUAUAUGACUGACCUUUCAAGGUCACAGUGGUCAAAUAUGCUAAAAUGUUCAACAUUUUUUCUCAAAUGUGCUGAAAUAUGUAUUCAAGUUCUUCUUAAAAACCAAAAGGACAAGGGUCUUGAUAUUGGGCAAUUUAGCAUUUAUUUUAGGCCUAUUUGGCCUUUUUUAUAUAUAGGUCUUUAUAGUCAGAUGACCUUUAAAGCCUGUUAGCCUCUAUAAGAACUGAAUGAUUAUGAAAAUGCUACCAUUUCAUUAUUUGAGUCUAUCAAUUUAUGGAGAAAGCUUAAUGUGUGGUGUUGUCGGUUCACUAUCCUUUGACAUUUGGUCUGGAGAUUUCAGAUUUCAGUCGAAAUUUUUUUUCUUUGUAAAUCAUAUCUGCUAAAAGCUUAACAAUCUCUCAAUCUUUCACAGCAGCCAUAGCCACAGUUAUGAAAUACACAUAGAUACUUACAUCAUUUUCAACAUACAAAUUUUAAAUGAAACAUAUCUUGUUGAGUCUCAGAAUCAGAAUCUACAUACUCACAAACUCUACAAGUCUGUAUAGUAUAAAGAUCAAGGGAUAAUUAACUUGACAAGGGAAGUAAUUCUAAGAAGAAAAAAAACAUUUUUUCUCAACAAGGGAAGUAACUCAGACAAGAAAAAACUUCCUGACACAAGUCAGAGUGAGACUUUUCUAAAGUCUAUCUAUUACACUUGUACCUCCACAUUGAAAGCAUGAGGAUCACAGUGCAAUAAAGCUUAACUGAGUUGUUACUUGUGGUAUAGAAAUGAUGAAUGAUUGAUAGGCUGGGAUCAUAUUACAGGUGAGAGAGCUAAUACAGUAUUUAGAAGUCUAUAUUGCUACUUUUUCCUUUACCCUUCAAAACAGAUAUUUUGAAAACUUUCCAAAAUCUUCUUUUAUAAUGAGACAUAAAUUGAUAAAGGAGAAAAAUAUGUUACUUAAUGUGUUUUGAGUAUUAUUUUAGUUGGUGUUAAUGUUAAUUGACAAAUCCUUUUAGAGAUGACAAAUCUAUUGUCUUAGAAUAAUUCAUAGAAUAUAUGUAAGGAUAUGAUUAGAGGUUAUUGUAACUCAGAAUAAAUCGUUUUAAUAUCAUUUGAACCAUGAACAUGUUUCUGUAAAGUGCUGAAAGAGAUUUGUAAAUAAUAUUCAAUUCAAAUGAAAAAAUGAAAGUAAUAAGAUAAACUUAUUAAAUAUGUACAUGUGUAUAUGUUCAGUGAAACACUACAUGAAUUAUACAUGUACAGUGUACAUACCAAUGCUUUAUAGUAAGUGAUAAAUUGUUGUGAUUCUUUAAUGGAUAUAAAGAAUAUUGCUGUGAUUUUUUUUACUGUUUUGUUUGAUAGAAAAAAUUAACUAGAAGAGUUUUAGUUGAUUUCUCUCCAGGAUUAAACAGAAAUUAUAAAAUCAAUAUGCAGAGAAUUUAAAUCAGUCCAUGUAUGAAUUAUAACAAGUCAGUAUCAAUACCAGAACAUCCAAUUAAGAUAGCAUUAUACAGAGUAUAACUUCCUUGUCUUUCAUGUUUAAUUGUGUUGUCCUCCUAAACAGGUUCAUUAAAAACCUCUCAGUGUGAAUGGACAUUAAAGAUUCUGUCAAAUUUUAUCAGUUCAGUACUUUUCUCCAAUUGUCAAUGGAAACUGAUUUCUGUUAGGAAAAGAAAACUUUAACAGUUUUGAUUUCUAAACAAGAUGCUAGAAAAAGCCUUCCUGAGGCAAAGAUGGAUUUUAUCUAGAGAUAAUUGUAUAUUUAAGUAAGAAACUAAUUUCUAAGGAAAGAAGUGAUUGAAGCUGAUACACUUUCCAUGAAGAUAUUGUUAUUGGUUGUUGUGUACAUUAGCAACAGUAAUAAGAAGGAGUAUUGAAGCAAACUUUAGCUCUUGACUUGAAAUGUAAUUCGGAAUGGACUGCUUAGUAUCACAUCAGCUUGUAUAAAAUCGUGGUGUAAAAAAAAUUGACACAAUUUUGAAUACCGGGUACCAGAUUUGUAUUUGACAUACAAAUAGUAUUGAUAAAAAUGAAGAUAUAAAAUUCUGUUUCUUGAAGGUCCUGGUAGUCAUGGUACCAUAUAUCUAAACCUAAAGGAUCUUUAACACUUUGUAAAGUUGGAUAGCUUUUGAAUUCCUUAAUGUUGUAUUUAUUCUAAAUCUUCAUUGAAGUAGAUCUUCAGUAACUGGACUCUCCAGCUUCCUUGUGUGUGGGCCCAAUGUCUCAUGUUAAUUUUUGGUACUUUUUCAGUUAGAUGUGAAAUGGAAGUCCGCGCCACCUAUGUUUAUUAUAUUGAUCAAGCUCACUUGGUGACGUGAAUUGUACAUAUAGGCUUGUAAGAUUAAACAUUUAUCACAAAAGUGAUUUGUAGGUUUGAAUAAUGAUGUAAGUGUUUACCUUCUGUCAAAGAAAGUCAUAAAUGAUCUGUUGAUUAUAGGGCAAAUUAUCUCAGUUUCUUUACCAGUCUACUGAAUAUAGAAUUCAACAUUAUGUACAAAAGAUAGUAUUGGUGUUAUUAUUUCUGUUAUUUUUCUUCUAGACCAGUCUGAUUUCCCAGAGUUAUUGCCCUUCAUUUCACUCUGUCAGGCAUGAUAUAAUGAUAAGCUUGACAGCAAAUGGGGACUCAGAAUAGUCUAGACAGGCAACACAUGUUCUGAUAACCCAGAUUAUACUGUAAGUAUUGUUGAUGUUGGUAAUGGUAGAGAAAUGAAGCACACCUUUUAUCAUUUUCUUGUCAAUUGUAAUAUGAUACUUGGAUAGACACAUUUUAUGUACAUGGAAUAAAAUAUGCCAAAAAUC